UCACUGACACAACACUCGGUUGAUUGCAUGAGUUUUAGUGACAACUUCCUGUGGCCUUGACUGGGAAGCUUCCACGCCUUGCAUCGCGACGCACUAAACACCGCCCGCCUCUCUCUCUGGCACCCCCAAACGCAGGCGCCAGGCGGUGAUUGGGCAGUGCAAAUGUCUCAACUCCCCUCGUCCACCGAGCACCGGUUGAGCACAUUCUGUCACUUGCGCUAGCGUUAAAUGGAGGAACGUCCCUGCGAAGGGGCAACCGGAGUAUAUAUCAGUCAUGGAGCAGAGAACGGCCCUGAUCGAUCGAACAUAUCGGUAAACAAUGAUCAGGACCACAGUAAGUUCCAGAACGAGAAAACGCAGACGAAGAAAACAGAAAAUGGCAGAAUAAAUGGAACUCUGAAGGAGGGAGAGGUGACUCCCGCUUCCUUUAACACAGACAGAUCCCUGCACCCUGCGAACAGCAAUGGUGACAGACACCUGCUAGACAUCAACUUGAAACAGAAGCCCAUUCGACGGGCCUUUACCGCUGACUCAACAGGGGACAGAAAAGGUAGAAACACUAGCAGAAACAGCAUGGACUUUAAAAAUGACAAGUUCUUAGAGUUGAACACACUUGAGGGCAAAAAGGAGGCUUUGGCUACUCUGAAUGGUGUGGUGUCGCUCAACUCUGUACCACUUGCCAAUGGUUACCCUAGCAAACCCGGAGCUGACAAUGAUGGCAGUGGCUCCGAGAGUGGAUACACUACUCCCAAGAAACGCCGGGCCCAGAGGAAUGGCAAAGCCGCGGACAAUGUGACUGCUUCUGCCCAGGGAAAAGCCAUGCAGCAGGGUGGCAAACAAGACCACGGGCCUGUGGCGCCGGACUCGGCCUCUGGCUCUCAGGUGGAGAGUGGCAGAGCUGGUUCAAAAGUUGAGCUGCACCUAAAAGCCAAGGAACCAACUGCCUCCGCCACCCCACCUCCUCUGCCGGUGGCUGAACUUCAGCGCAAGAACUCAGACAGCAAAGUGGCUGGCAAACGGUUUGAGGAUCGCUCCAGCAAGGUUAAGGUGGCUACCUCCACCAAAGAGGACUCAUGGACCUUGUUCAAGCCUCCGCCUGUCUUUCCUGUGGACAAUAGUAGCGCUAAGAUUGUGCCUAAGAUCAGUUAUGCAAGCAAAGUGAAGGAGAACCUCAAUAAGACUGCCCAAGCUGGCGGGGAGGCUCUCACUCCUGCUCCCCAGGUGCCUGGGAGACCGCCACAGGUCCCCAUGUCUGCGGUGAAAACCAUCACCUCGGCUAGCUUUACCAACGGUCCCCUGCUGGGGGAAGGGAAUGGCUGUCCCCAUUUCAGCGCCGGUCCUCUGCUGGCAACCCCAACCGUUGCCACUGAGAAUGUAGCAUCUCCCUCUGGUAGCGGCACUUCAGCCAUUGGAAGUUCCACCACAACCUCUAUGGCUGAGCCCAGGAAGCCCAGUCUGUUUGUUUACCCCGAUAUGCAACUCUCACUCCCUAGCGGCCGCCAAGCCGAUCCCCCUGCUGCUCCGACAAAUCAGAAGUCUCUGGGGGACAUUUUUCAGAAUCAGUGGGGCUUGUCCUUUAUCAAUGAGCCUGGCUAGGGACGGGAGAGUUUUUGUGGUUUGGUCUCAAACAGAAAGGACGUGCCGGUGGAGGUGAGCUUUCAGGGAGGCUGUCCUGCUACAGUGGCCACUCAGACUUCCAGUACCUCUCAGAGACCAGAUCAACAACCAUCCUUCCCCAAGACUCACGAACCAGACAAACUGACUAACGCUCAGAAUCUGAGUCCAGGUGCGAGCGGCGGUGCCAUGGCAGCAAGCGGGGCCAUCAGCCUGAAUGCCCAGAGAGAUGAGACGGGGGUUCAUGGUGCAAUAGUGUUUUGUUCUCCCUCUAAGGACAUUUGUGCUGAGCUGCCUCCCACCUCCCCAGCUGCACCUAAGGUGGCUUUGGCCAAGGACCAGGGCCAUACUAAGGGCUUUGACAGGAGGUCUAGUUGGGGGUCGUUUGAUCUAAAAGCUGCUGUAAUUUAUCACACUAAAGAAAUGGAAUAUUUUUUGAAUUUGCAAAAACAAGAUCCAAAUCGAGUAGUCCUCUACAGUGAGUCAUGGGACGGACCUGCUCAGUGAAGCUGUGUCUGGACACUAUAUCUCAGAUGAA